AGCUACUAUAUCACAACACACAAAACCGAGACCCAAAUUUACUAGGGGCUUCAAAUGGACGACAUGGCUGCCUAUUACCCGCCACCGCCUCCACCACCAGGCUCGGUUGACUACACCUCCCACCCACAACCCCCGCCACCUCAACCGCCCCCAGUGCUGGCGCCACCGCCUCAGCACUACCUGGUUCAGCCCUACUUCCCUCAACAGCCACCACCUUUCGCUUCCUACGUUGCCCCUCGGAUCCCCCAACCCUCAUACGACGAGCUCCGAACCCUAUUCAUCGCCGGUCUCUCAGAAGAUGUCAAGCCCCGCGAAAUCUACAACCUCUUCCGCGAGUUUCCGGGUUACGAGUCCUCCCACCUCCGAACCCCCACCGGAAAGUCUCAGCCUUUUGCUUUCGCGGUGUUCUUAGAUCAGCAGUCUGCCAUUGGAGCAAUGCAUGCGCUGAAUGGAAUGGUGUUUGAUCUUGAGAAGGGAUCAAAACUAUAUAUUGAUCUAGCAAAAUCUAAUUCUAGGUCAAAGCGCUCAAGAACAGAUGAUGAAAGACCUAGCUCAGAUAAGAGAGCUAGAAGUUCGUCAUAUUCUAGGGGAACUCCUGAUUCUGCAGGUGUUGGCAGCAUUCACGUGCCUGGAAUGGGUAAUUCUGCUUACAACAUGAUUGGUUAUCCAUCUGCACCAAGCUUCAAUGACAGAGCUGUACACGAGACAAUAGCCCCAAACAUGAAUAAUUCUUCAGCACAGCAUUUUCCACAAAAUAAUACUCCAUGUCCAACACUUUUCGUGGCUAACUUGGGGCCAACAUGUACGGAGCAAGAGCUAAUUCAAGUGUUUUCAAGGUGCCCUGGGUUCAUAAAAUUGAAGAUGCAAAGCACAUGUGGAGCUCCAGUUGCCUUUGUUGAUUUUCAGGAUACUGCCUGCUCAACUGGAGCGCUGAGUCGUCUGCAAGGCACAUUUCUCUACUCUUCAACAACUGGCGAAGGCAUGAGAUUAGAGUAUCCUGUAGUAUCUCGCCUCUUGUUUUGUUUGCUUUUACCUUUCCGGUCCUCGGAUUUGUUGGUUUUUAUUGUACCAGUUUUGCUUAACAAGAAUCCCAGAUACGCCAGAUCACGAAUGGGAAUGCGUAAGAAGCCGAAGUAAUUCAAAUAGAAGAUGAUAGCUUUUUUCUUGUUUCCGUGCCCACACAAGACGAUCCACAUCUUACAGUUAGUAGAUUUUCUAUCCAGGCAGAGGUGGGUAACUGUUAUGAUUCGUGUUCAUUUUCUUUGAUGGUGCCCUCGUCAUCAACAGUCAAUAAUGGAAACGUAGUUUUACGGUGGAUUUGUAAAGACGUAUAGCAUCUGCUAUUUUUCAAAUUGUAAACAUUUUAUUCUAACAAAAGUAUGUUUUUUGUUCU